AUGGCUCACCUCUUAAAUAUUAAGAAGCAAGGGAUUGCAGGUUGCACGAGUGUUGGCAAGGAUGAUAUUUCUGAAAUGAAGAAGAUGGAAGAAGAUGUAACACAAAAAAUUCUAAAUUCACAACCUAAGAAAGUUUCUUUACCGAAAACUACGAUGAAUCCAUUGUCUGGUGAAGCAGUUCCUUCCAGCUUCAAUAAAUUGAGAACCACAUUGCUCCAGCAAGAAAAGGCACACGUGGAGAGGUUGUUGGAACCUAUUAAGAGCACUUGGUUCGAAAAAGGUGUUAGUAUUGUGAGUGAUGGUUGGAGUGACCCACAGAGGAGACCUUUGAUUAAUAUUAUGUUUUUUUCUGAGUCUGGUCCUAUGUUUGUCAAAGCCGUGGAUUGUUUUGGUGAGGCCGCUGGAGAAAUUAUUGAAGGCAUGUUUCCUAACAUUUAUUGGACUCCUUGUAUUGUUCAUACUCUCAAUCUUGCUUUGAAAAAUAUUUGUGCGGUUAGAAAUGCGGAAGCUAAUCAAGUUACACAUGACUUGUGUAGUUGGAUAAAUAUCGUUUAUGCAGAUGCUAUGCAAAUCAAGAAUUUUAUAAUGAACCAUAACAUGAGGCUAGCUAUUUUCUAUCAGUUUAGUCAUUUGAAGUUGCUUUCAGUUGCCGAUACUCGUUUUGCUUUUGUUGUUGUCAUGCUUAAUAGAUUCAAGCUUAUUAAACGUGCUUUAGGGUUAAUGGUUUUCAGUGAACAAUGGGCACAAUACCGAGAAGAUGACCAAGGGAAAGCUAGAUUUGUUCGCGAUACGGUGGUGAAUGAAGAUUGGUGGAAAAAUGUUGAUUACAUUCUUUCUUUUACUGCCCCGAUUUAUGAAAUGCUUCGAGUUUGUGAUACAGACAAGCCAUGUCUUCAUUUAGCUUAUGAGAUGUGGGACUCCAUGAUUGAAAAAGUGAAGAACGCUAUUUAUGAGCAUGAAGGAAAGCAACUAAUUGAAUCUUCUGCUUUUUAUGAUGUGGUCCGUGAGAUUCUUGUUGAUCGUUGGGCAAAGAAUAAUACCCCUCUUCAUUGCUUGGCUCACUCAUUAAACCCAAAGUGA